AUGUUUAACGAUCGCGGUCAAAAUUUUCCUUCUUCUGGCGAUUAUCGAUGUUCCCGUUGCGGUAGAACUUGGAACAGCAACAGAGCUCUUGCGAACGUGUCCCAAAGAUGCCCAUCGUGUGGUGCAAACGUACAGCCGUGCAAUUUACGGAAUCUUUAUGUUUACAUUUGCCGUCAAUGUGACCGACGAUCAGAGGCGGCCUACGCACCGAACGGAAUACGGUGCUCACAUUGCGAGUCAUCAGUAUUAAUUCUACCACUGAAUCGAGACGAUCCAGACGAUCGUGCAUUGAUUCGUGAACAUGAUCGUCGACAAUCGUCGACACAGAAUCAGCGUACGAUAUCUCAGCCUUCAUCUCCAUUUGAGAGUUCCCGGCGAACAGACUCAUCGAUGCUGAUUAGAAGUGGAGAACGGCAAAUUGAUUUAAAUCACAGUCGAAGACCUGCUUCCCGUCCAUCAGUAAAUCAACCAGCAGAGCCCUAUAUAAACGAUCGAAUACAUCAUGAUUUGGGGUUUAUAUGUUGCUUAGUAAUCGUAUUCGUAUUCGUAUGCGUAACAGUUUACUUGCUUGGAUAA